UUACCCACAGCUCGCUACCAAAGUCUCAACCUAGACAUCUGUCUCUCCUAGGAGCAGCCAGCCGACCCGUCGGUAGAUACCUCUUGGGUAGACUCACGACGAACUAAGGGUGGGAAGCAUUUUUUAUGGGAGUGCAACCGGGCAGCCAACUCGGGAACCCCGGUUGCGAGACCGAUAAUAGAACCCGGGAAAUAUAUAACAGACGGGAUCCCGAAAUCCGGUUCGAUAAAGCACGCACAGAUAGAUCACUUCCCAGAUAUAGAAAUCCCGGAUUGUCACCUCCACCUCCUAACCCCGGAGCCGACAGACGUGACCGGCGACCGGCCCACUCUUUCGGACGAGUCGCCGCCGACAACGGCGAGCCCGAAUUCGUCAGUGAUGAUAAGCAAGAGCAGGGCAGCGCCGUCCUCAGCGGCAGAGCCAGUCCCCGCGGAAGACGGAAAAAUUGACCAAGGGAUAAGCGAAGCUACAACGAUCACAUCCCCCUCAAGGCUCAAAGAGACCAUGAGACAUCCCUUCAGCCGGCGAAGGAGAGUCUCAAAUCACUUGGGUCCCGUCCAACCCCGAGAGACAGGGACCGCAUAUCCCCUAUUUGAAGACCGCCGAAUCUCGCAAUCACAGUCCCGGCGAUCGCCCGAAAAACAUCCCGCAGUACCAGAGCCGAUAUCGGGGGUCGUACAUACGGGACAGGACCGACAAACACACCAUCAACACGUCGCCUCAGGAGAGUACACCGGGCUAGGCCGGAACGGAUCUGCGUCCACACGCAUCACCAUCACUGCUGGAUCCGCUCUAGAUACGCAGAACCAGUCGGGCCUCUUGAGGCAAGCCGAAGCUACAACGUCUCCGACAUCCCUAUACAGGGACGAGCGUUGCGCCGCGUCGGCCCAGACGUCAGUGGAGCGCAUGAUGUGCUCCCCUCUCAACACACCGCGGAGCGGCUCGCCGAAUCCCGCGCCGGACUGGGAACCAGUCGAAAUCGCUACUACAUCACCUCGCCCUACGACGAUGAGGGAGCAGCCGACCCGAAGCUCCACGCCCGCGCCCACGACCCCACUGCUACGUCGUCUCAUCCAAGAGAGCGUCGAGGAGAAGGCAAGAACGGCUGGGAAAGCAGAGGGCAUCAUGAUCGAGAUUCCCCAAUGCCUGGUACCCAAGAGGAUAAGCCACCUAGAGACACGGGUCCGGAAGAUAGUCCGGAAAAUUCACAGCCCAGAUCCUUCUCCAGCGCGGGAAACAUCUCCCCGGAAAGCACGGCAGUGCCUGUCGCGUCAGAAUCGAAGGAUGAGCACGGUAGAAGCGGAAGCACAUGUGGCCGCGCUACGUUCGAGGACGGAAGAGACGGCCGAAGACAAGCCAACCAGCCACGAAGCGAGCUGGUCCAACAACCAGACCCGCCAUCCAGGUGAGCAGGCGGCCUGCGACAAAGACGUUGAGCCAGAUAACGAGCCAUCCCGGCGUAGACAUCUUACGAGAAAGUGUCUCGAUGAAGACGAGGCAAGCACCAGGGCAUAUCCCGAGCUCGAGCACGUCGGCCCGCGCGCGACUCGAGCGCAGCGGCACGGCAGCAUCAGAGGGGACAUCGGGACGCCGAUGGCGGCGGCAGCGGUGACGGAGUUCUGUAAGAUCUCGGUCAUGUUGGUGGGCCUAGCGUGUACGUGGUGGAUGGUGGCGCGGCCGGCGUUCGACCGCCAGAGCUCGCUCCAACGACGGAGACAGACAAAGCAGACCACGUGGAAGGACGUGGGCGUCUUCGCAUCGGUGGGCGCGUUCUACGUCGCCGGCGCGGCGUGCUACUGGUGCGCGACGCAAACGCUUCGGUGGACAGACGCGGAGUAGCGCGAGUGCAAGCGACGCAUGCGAAAUCGGGUAUACCUACGUUUACCGGAGGGAAAGAUGAGGACCGAGCUAAUACUGCCUCGU